AGACUGGGUUGUGGUUGAAAUUACUCUCAGAAGAAUACAUUGCCCAAAAAAGGAUGUGUAGAUAUAUUGGCUUGGGUGUUGGAUAUGCAAGCUGUUUCCCUGUUCAUCUGCAUGUUUGAGUCUAAAUGUGUGAGUGCAUUAGAUGCUGAGAAAUCCCAAAAGCGAGUAGAAAGGGCCAAAGUUUUACGAAAAGCCAGAGAGGAAUAUGAAAGAAAGGAACGUAUUUUAGAAGAAAAAAGAAAAAGAGGCGAAGAUGUGUGGAUUCUGCCAUCUGUAGCUAGUCGUCUGUCACCUGACGCCAGCAGUAAUGAAAGAGAAGAUGAAAAGCACUCAACGAAAAGAAAGAAAAGCAAAAAGGACAAGAAGAAGAAAAAGAAAAAAAGGCAUAAAAGUGAUUCAGAAGAAGAUGAAUGGGUUGAAAAGAAUCCAAAAGGUGUGAAGGAUGAUGUUUCUGCAGGAAACGUUCAGCGCGAUUCAUGGAUGCUACUCCCCAUAUCACGUGAGAUCAAGCCAAAGCAAAAGGAAGCAGAAAUUAAAAAAGUUGAACCAUCUUCAGUAAUGGAGAUAGGUCAACAUCCACGAGAGCUUAACCCGUACUGGAGAAAAGGUGGAAGUGGGCUGCCAUCACAAAAUACAACAGACGAGGGUAAAAAUACGCAUACUGCUUAAUUCCGCUGGUAAUCAAAAUGGUUUAAAAGAGCGUACGAACGAGCUAAGCAGCAAGCUGAAGACGAGGGAAGAUCAUUGACCGAUGUGGCUGCUGAAAGAUGGGGGUCUUUGGAGAAGCUAAAACGUCUUGCGUAUGGUGAUGAUGAAUUAGAAAACAAUGAACCUAAAUUAAGUUCGAUGAAAUGGAAGCAAAAGGAAUGGGCAAAGGACAAGGGUCCAAGAUCGUCCAUAGCAACAUUGAUGAGGCGACCUAAAGAUGACGAUGAUCAAACAUGUCCAACAAAAGUACGCGACAUGAAGUAUGAGGCUUAUCGACGUGGGGAAACAAAGUGUUCAGGAAGGUGGAGGAAAAGAGAGAAACAAAGUGAUUUCACAAAAAGUAGAAGCUCUGAGUCUACUAGUAAGAAAACUUAUUUAGAAGAAAAGGAAUUCAAUUCCGAGAAAAAAAGUAAUCUUGAUGUCCAGAGCUCUAGUUCUACAUCGUCAUCUGAAGAAGAAAAUUUGAAAGAGGAAAAAUAUGCGAAAGUAGAUGAAGACGUUAAGGAUGUCAUGAUUGCCAAAGUAGUGACUGAAGCAGAUCUGAAUGUGCUUGGUGCAAAGCGUCUAAAGGCUGAACUCAUGGGAAACGAGGAAUUGGCCAAUGAACUGGAGCUCAAACUUAAGAAUAUGCGCGAAAUUAAAGAGAAACAAGAUCAACGUGGAACUGGGAAAAAUCUAAUCGACAGAAAUGAUUCGAAUAAUGUCGUAGUAUUAACUAGAACAGAUCGUGCUGGUAAUGUUAGGCCACAUGGAGAAUAUAGUAUAAACAGAAAGAAAAGUGGAAAACGAGAAAGAAGAAGGAAGGUUUCAACGCAUGACGAGGAGGGUAAACGAAGUAGAUAUUUCUAUGACGACGAUGAGCAUGAUCUUAAAUCUUUGAUUGCUCAAGAAAAAACGAACACCACCUUCGAUCAAAUAUCAUCUUACGUCAAAUUAGCCGCUCAAAAGCUGGGUGGACAGUUUGAUCUGGAUGAUAAAUUUGAAUCUGCAGCUGCCACAAAGUUUACUCCUGAAGAACUAGAGCAAAAAUCUAGACAGAAAGCUAUACGUGAACAUCAAAAACUCUCUGCCCAAAUGGACAACUGUAAAUUUUGCUUGGACAGUCCAGAAUUUGCAAAACAUCUCGUUAUUGCUAUUGGGUUAAAGGUCUAUCUUACUCUACCCCUGAACCAAUCAUUGACUGAUGGUCACUGUUUACUUGCUCCCGUCAUGCACCAUGUUGCCGCCACGAUGAUCGACGAAGAUGUAUGGAGUGAAAUUAAGGUAUUCAAGAAAGGUCUUGUGAAGAUGUUUGAGGAAAUGGGUAAAGACGUGAUAUUUAUGGAAAUGUAUCGAAAUGUCCAUAGACAACAACAUAUGUCAAUCGAUUGCGUGCCAGUUGAUAAAGAAAUAGGUCACAUGGCACCGAUAUAUUUCAAAAAAGCGAUACAAGAAAUGGAUUCGGAAUGGUCUCAGAACAAAAAACUUAUUAACAUAAGGGAAAAAGGCUUGCGUUCGUCGAUACCAAAGGGUCUUCCGUACUUUACCGUUGAGUUCGGUCUCGACGGAGGUUAUGCACACGUUAUAGAAAAUGAGGAGAUGGUGCCUCACUAUUUUGGAAAGGAAAUUGUCGGUGGAAUGCUAGAGUUGGAGCCUUUCCUUUGGAGAAAACCAAGAAAAGAGAAUUUUCAAACUCAGAAAAAGAAAGUGCUACAGUUUGCUGAAUGGUGGAAGCCAUUCGAUUGGACACAAAGGAUAGAUAAAAAAUAGAUUUUUUGCUGAUGAAGUCAUUUGAUAAGGCGGCAAAGAGUAUCGUAUCAUUAAUUACGGAUGAUUGCAGAGCGCAACAUUUUAAUCAAGCUCUGCGCAAGUGUUGCUGGGAAAGUUGACUACGCAAAUUCCAAACAUCCACUCCAAAUGGGUUGCGAAAUCAAAAAAAUUUAUUCGAAUAAUUAACAUGAUAAAACACUUGCUCAAA